AUGGAACGAUAUGAGAAAAUAGCUCGAAUUGGCGAGGGCGCCUACGGUGUUGUUUUCAAGUGUCGUAAUCGUCAAACUGGCGAAAUCGUGGCAAUCAAAAAAUUUACUGAAUCCGAAGAAGAUCCCGUGAUUCAUCGAAUCGCCAUGCGUGAAAUCAAAACCCUGAAGGUUAAAGAAGAGUCAAGUGAAAGAAUUCAGUUGGCAAUUACUGCAAGCUGUACACUUCUGCCACGAACAGAAUUGGUCGGUUUAAAAUUUUCAGCCGGACCAGAUGAUAGGUACACGGAUUAUGUGGCUACAAGGUGGUACCGCGCACCAGAACUAUUGGUUGGGGACACGCAAUACGGCCCCCCAGUGGACACUUGGGCGAUUGGAUGUGUGGUGGCCGAGAUGCUUACUGGAUCACCUCUUUGGCCCGGCCGGUCUGAUCUCGAUCAACUCUUCCAGAUCAUUAGCACUCUCGGUGAUAUAUUACCGAGGCAUAGAGAAGUAUUUGAAUCGAAUACAUUUUUCAAGGGGUAUCAGUUACCAGAACCAAAAGUUAUGGUGAGCCUUGAAGAGAGGUUUUCCCAUCUGCAACCUCCAAUUGAAGCAGAAGAAUUGGAUUUCCUUCAGACAUGCUUCCAACUUAAUCCUGCUGAUCGAGCGACGACUGAAGAUCUUCUGAAACAUAAAUUCCUUGAAGAAGCACCUCGCCUCGUUUCAAAUAUUCGUCUGCCCCAAACACUGUCCCAAUCAAAAAGUCUUCCUUCUUUAUCCAUAACUCCUUCUGGAUACUCCCUGAUGAAUGCUGAUUCUAUUCCUCCUCUGGAACGACAGAAUUUGCCCCUCUGUUCACCUGGUGAUUUAGUUCCACGGAAGCCAAAAGUGAUGCAAGGCAGUAUCUAUCAUAGCUUCAAAGGUUGGCCACAAUUUGAUAAAUCUGGACCAGUAGAUAAUUUCGGAGUUACUGGCACUUCUAUGACUGGAAGUCUCUCCAAGAUGUUUUGUCAGAGAAAUGCUAACAUCAAUGAUUUGUUCUCUAAGGCACAGAAUAAAACAAUGGAAUACAAGAACAAAGAUGAUAGCGAACAAAGAAUCACCGUAAGAUUUCACUCAAGUGACCCCUUUUACUAUUAA